AUGGCGAGUCCUGCUGCUGCAGCUGCAGCGGCGGCUGCUGCUGUGGCAGCAGCAGGUGCUGCAGACGAGGUGGGCCGGCGCGGAGCUUCCAGGUCGCCGCGAGAUGAAGAAGGAGGAGCCUUUGAGGGCUCUGCAGCAAAUCCAGGAAUGGCUCCUGAAGCAGAGAGUCCAGCCAAAACAGCAGGCCCCCCAGGAAUGAGUCUUUCGGCUCUUGGCAUGCAGCUGUCUGCGCCUUUAGAUGGGAGAGAAGCUGCUCCCCAAAGAGCUGCUUCCCGCUCCCCGUCAUCUGCUGCCAGUGGCACACUUGGCGUGUGCGGCAAUGACGGCUGCAGCGGCCUAGCAGCGCAGCAGCAGCAGCAAGAGCAGGGCUUGCCUGCUGCUGCUGCUGCUGCUGCUGCCAGCCUCCGGGAAGCUUCUGUGGGAGAUGUCGCAGCAGCGCGCGUUGAGGCCAACAGCCCGCUAGGGUCGACGACUUCAGUGCGCUCGGAAGACCGGAGCUCGACAGAGUGCGGGGAGCUGCUGCUUGCUGCUGUCGCCGCGCCUGCUGCUGCUGCUGGCAGCAGCAGGGACGGAGCAGCGGAGCCCUGCGAGAGAACUCCAGGGCCCCACGAGGGCUCUCCCUGCCCCGACACUGAGGGUGGCCGUCGCAUGCGCCCGCCCCGGCGAGCUGCAGCAGCAGCAGCCAGCGGAAGGCGCCAGUCCGAGGAAGACAUGGGACCCCCACUGUCAAUGCGGCCGUCAGUGGGGUCCCGCGUAGUGACUCGGCUUCCGGGAGUCAAGUAUUGCCACUCUCGCAAUGCCUGGAUUGCUCGCUGGUCUGAGGAAGGUCAGGAGCGGUGGAAAACCUUCUCCGUCAAGGCCUGCAAGGGGUUCACAGAGGCGAGGAUGCAAGCUGUGCAGUUCAGAUGGGAGAAGGUGCGGCUUAAAUACGCGAAACUAAUGAAGCAAGCAACACCCCAGCCCGGCCUCAUCAGCUGCACUCCUUCUGAAGGAUCGCCGCCGGAACCCCUUGAAAUGGAUGCUGAGGCAGCGGAGUUGGCAGCAGCUUUACAAAUGUAUGGCAAUGGCGGCCAAGUCCGCAUGCCGCGCUCGGAAUCAGCGGCAGUAGUUGCUGCAGCAGCAGCAGCGCCACACACCGGGCGCAGUCUCAGCCCAGCCAGCUCACUUCGUGCUGCAGCUGCUACUGAAGCAAAACCGAGGCAGACCACGAGGCAAAAGAGGCAAGGGAGUGCCCUUGGGGCCACUAAAUUGUCUGCUGAUGAGCCAUCCCGACCAGCGCACGGCAGAGGCUCAGGUGGGAAAAAGACCUGCAAGAGCCCGUUGCAGCAGCAGCAACUGCAGCUGCAGGAGGAGCAGCUGCAGCAACGGGAGCAGCUGGCUGGGGCAGCUGACCAGCUUUCAGCCUCCCAGUGGGCGCUGUUGCAGCAGCACUUGCAGCUGCAGAGUGCUUGCUGUGGGUCUAGCAACACCUCCGUUUCCUUGUCCUCUGCUUCUAGAGUAGACGGAGGAGAUCUGGGGGGGGAACCGCCUUCCUCAGCAUUGAAGAACACUGCACAGAGAGCUGAGAGCGCCGGCUCCGCGCUUCCUGUGAAGAGCGACCCAGCCAGCAGGGAAGGCGCAGACGCCGCGAUGAUGGAGCCAAGCCUUAGGACGCAGCUCUUUUUGCGGCUGGCGAAAAGGUUGCAACAAAGCAAGAAGCAGCAAGACACGGCGGUGCUGCUACAGGCGCUUAAGUCGCUUAUUCUGCAGAGGCGCCAGACACACCAGGAACAAGACCACGCUAGCCGGCUUCCGCUGCAGCAGCCGCAGCAAACAAAACCGCAGCAGAGCAGCCUGAGAAGCAGCAUUGACUUGGAAAGCGAGUUGUUGCGCUUGCUGGCGAACUCAACGGGUCUUCUGGGAGCCACUGGCAGAAACGCCGGUGGAGGGGCGCCCAGCCCGACUGAACCAUCAACUUUGCAUUCGGGCCAAAACUUAGACGGUCGAGACGCUAAAGACCUAACGGGGCCACCGUCCUCGUGGGAUCCGCUGGAGGAGUACGGGCUGACGGACAGCGUGAACAGCCUUGGCCGCGUUUUCACUGAUGGUAGCAGGCCAGCAUCAGUAGCUUCUGGUGCUGCAGCAGAUGCAGCAGCAGGGCAUGCCGUCUGUUUGGGGGCUCCCCAGUGGGCCAGCAGCUCUGUGAAUGGCUCAGAGCGGCCCAUGGAGCCUGUUUCGGGUGCCCAUUCUUGGGGAGCUGGAGGGCAAGGGGCACUUGUGUCUGUUCCUUCUGUUGCUGCUGCUAGUACGGGAUCAACUCCGUUCAGCAUGAGGGAUUACUUAGAAGGGGAGUCGCCGGAUGAGGCAGUGGACCUGCAGCCCUGGCGGCGCGCUGUGUGCGUCAUUUUAGAAGACGUGCUUGAAAACUGCGUUUUAGAGGUUGGGUCGCAACAGCGGCAGGGCAGCAGCCUGUGUCAAGAGCGGCUGCAGUUUGCUCCCAUGGUGGGCCGACUGAAAGCCCUGGCCGCCCGCAGCUGCAGCAAAGCCGAGCUGAGGCCCUUUCUGCGCCUCUUUUCCCGCAGCAUUCGCCUGGGCGUGGUGCCUAGCAAGCAGUCCGAAGACGUGCAGCAGCUAAUCCUCGACGCUCUGGGGGCUCUGGAUGAUGUCAUGGCAGCGUCCAGGGCAAGCCAAACACAGCAGCAGCAGCAGCAGCAGCAGCAAGCGCAGCAAUUAUCAAUGGCUAGGGGCCUCCAAGCAGAGCCCAGUGAGGCCUUGUCUCCGUUCGCGCUGCUUCAAGCUGGGAGCGGCUUCAGCUGA